CCUGUGUUGAGGCAUUCCGCAUUCAGCCGACACGCCUCUCUCUCUCUCUCCGCUGCUGCUUGUGUCCUCCUCGCUCUCUCGCUAGUGUAGUCAACUCAAGUCGUCUCCCUCUCCCCAUUUCGCCAGCUUGGGGUUUGGAUUUCUCUCCGAAUUCCGAGCUCCGCCGCCUCCGCGUGCCCGAUUCCCCAACGGUCAACCCCUAAACCCUAGAUUUCCAUCCCGAUUUCGACCACCGGUGCUCGAAUUCCCCCGCAAUUUUGGCGCUGCCACUCCCCCCCUCGAUGGCGGCGCGGCCUGGGUUCGCGGCGGUGGGAUAGAGGUGCCGCCGGUAUGAUUGGGGCGCGGCCGAGCGCGAAGGCGAGCAUGAGCAGCAGAGGCGGCGGGGGUGGUGGCCGGGCCGGCAGGGUAGGCGGCGGUGGUGGCGGAGGAGCAGGAGGAGGAGGAGGAGGAGGAGGGGGAGGAGCAGCGGCGGCAGCAGCGGGUGGAGGAGGGGACUUCGGGAGGGCGGUGGCGAGGGCGGCGGUGGCGCGGAUGCUGGAGGCGGCUGGCUUCGUCUGCGCGCACCGCUCGGCGGUGGACGCGCUCGUCGACGUCCUCCUGCGGUACAUCUGCCAGCUCGGCCGUGCCGCCACGUUCCACGCCAACCUCGCCGGCCGCGCCGCCGCAAACGAGUGCGACGUCAUACAGUUCCUCGAGGAGUGCGGCGCGGCCUACUAUGGCUUCGCGGGGGCCGCCUCGGUUUCUGCCCGUUGCCUCGCCAACUCCGCCGUCGUCAAGGAUAUGGCCGUGUUUGUUGGCGCGUCCAAGGAAUCCCCGUUCGCGGGCCGGCCAUUGCCGAGGUUUCCGGUACAGCGUGUGCCGCUGCACUCGACGACGAGCUUUGCGGUCUUGGGUAGGGAGAGCGGGAUGAGCCAUGUCCCGGAAUGGCUCCCGGCCUUUCCGGAACCUCACACGUAUGUGAGGAGCGAGUUGUGGAGUGAGGAGGUGGCUAAGGCUGGGGCGGAUGAGGUGGAGCGGGCGCGGCAGCGGAGGAAAGCUGAGAAGUCGCUGCUCAGCCUGCAACGGCGUCUUGCUCUUGCAGGUGCCGACGGGUUCCGACCAGGAAUGCUGGUCGAUGAUGCAGUCAAAGCGAACGGACUAGAUGUGGUUGAGAGCAAGGCGAAUCCGUUUCAUGAGCGAGCUUUGCCUUAUGGGGAGAAGGCGGUGUCCGAGGUUACCAUGCCUGGUGUGGGGAAGACAUUCUCUGUUGUUGAGGCCUUCGCACCCGCAUUUGAAGAAUCAAAAGGUGGAGAAUUUGAUGAGGGUAUGGAUCAGGGCCAAAAUGAUAGUCAGACUCAGAAGAGGGUUGUUCCAAAAGAGAGGCCACCGGUGUAUUUUAGAAUUGGGAUUGAUAAGAAGUCAAUGGUGAUGGCACUGAAUUCGAGAGCUCUGGUUGAACUGAAGGAUCCCUGGUUCUUCAAGGAGGAUAAGGAGCAGAGGGCAGAGUUGAUACUAAGGGAAGCAAUGGAUAAUCCACAUGAACUUACUCAGCUUUAACGUUCCUGUAUGUUUGCAGUACCCACAGAGCUGCAUGGUGAAUUUUGGACUGGCUAAACUAGGGACUUUUCAAAUUCAUGUUGGAGCAGCAUUUGCCAAGAUCUUGAGAUAUGCUAUUGCUAUACUGAUGAAUCCAUGAUGCAACCUUCUCUCAGUUGGAGUGACCUGCUCUGAGUGGCGUGUUGAUGGAUUGAUUUGUGAUGAACACCAGUCCAAACUGUGGCACCAUCUUGCUUGUCAAACCUUCUUAUACAAGUUAAAAUUCCCAUUCUUGUUCUCCGGUGCUUUACUUGAUCACAGAAAUGGCAUAUCAAAAGGAACUGGUGCUGGUCAGCUCCAUCUGUAACUCUAUUUCUCCUAGCAAGCAGCGAUGUUCAUACUUCAACCAGGCUGACUCUACUAACUAAAAGCUCACAAAUAUACCGGAAGAACCUUGCAGUAACAAGCCUUUGCUGUACUCUGGUCAUUGGUUAACUAUUGUGUCUCAUUAGUUUGCUUUGUGGAUAUAUGUCAGCGGUUUGACAGAUCUCCUGAUGCUCUGUGGUGGUUGGCAGUCUCCAGCUACAUGGCCACUUUAUUGGCCAUCAGUUAUAUAUUAAUUGUUGUUAAAUUGCUGCGUUAGUUGCUUGGUUGCAACAACAUUGUAGUAGAUUUGUACCAUAUGAUUGAUGAUUCAUUUGGUACUGGGUGACCCUGUAGAUUAUCCCGGCCCUUCUGAAUUGCAAAUCAUACCUUUUCUGUAAACUGUAAAAAGCAAACAGUGACAGUUGUGAAGAACAGUUAUCCUCGCACUUUCGGCUGUGCAUUUGUUUUGCCUGGAUGCGACCUGGUACAGGCAUCCUGA